AUGAGGUUUCAUCACUCUAAUCUUUCACCUUUGGUCCCACUACUUGCACCAUGCACGAGACCAACUAACACACAGAGAGAAGCUCGCAUAGCAGAAAUGGGACGGGCUCCUUGUUGUGACAAAGCCAACGUCAAGAAAGGUCCAUGGUCACCUGAAGAAGAUGCUAAACUCAAGGCUUAUAUUGAGCAGCAUGGCACUGGUGGCAACUGGAUCGCCUUGCCCCAGAAAAUAGGCCUUAAGAGAUGUGGAAAGAGCUGUCGUCUUAGAUGGCUAAAUUAUCUUCGCCCAAACAUCAAACAUGGGGGCUUCUCAGAAGAAGAAGAUAACAUCAUCUGUAGCCUUUAUGUCAGUAUUGGAAGCAGGUGGUCAAUUAUAGCAGCACAGUUACCAGGGCGCACAGACAAUGAUAUAAAGAACUAUUGGAACACUAGGCUGAAGAAGAAGCUUCUUGGAAAACAAAGGAAGGAACAACAGGCUCAAGUUCGCCGUGUCAGCAACAAUCAUCAGAAGCAAGAUGUGAAAAGAGAAUCCGAGAACUUGAUAGUAGCUUCUGAAGUCAUCAAUCUAGUUCCCUAUUGGUCUGCAGAAUAUUCUUCUGUGCCUAUGCCAGUGACCGAUGUUUCUUUUCAACACUUUGGUCUGAACAAUCAAACAUCUCUCAGGAACUUGAUGGUUAACAAACUAGAGGGAGUUAGAUUUUCCAGCGAUCAGCAGCAGCAGCAACAACCAUACACCAAUGCAUGUGAAAUUCCCUCCCUGCCAGACCAGGUUUUUCCAACCAUGGUAAAUCAUGUGGCCGUGGUGAGUAAUGAAACCAAUAGCGUCACUUAUCAGCCAACUAAUAUAUUUGAAGGAUUUGAAAACUUCCCAAGUGAUUUUUGUGAACUAGUCUGCGUGAACCCGCACCAAAUGGAUCGAUCAAUGGGGAGUUUUAACUACGGAGUGGAAUCCAUGGACGUCAUGAGCAAUGGUGGUAGCACCAACACAACUUCAACAGAAAGCACAAGUUGGGGUGACAUGAGCUCUUUGGUUUACUCUCCUUUGGUUUCUGACUAUGAAGGUUGCCGACAAGGAAUUCCUCAUGAUGUUGUUGCUUUCGAAGAGUGUAAGUACUUUGGAAUGCAGAUGCAAUAG